AUGUAUAGACAAAUACCUUUAUCUGUUGCGUUCAGUAGUGAAAACCCUGACGUCAAAAUAAAGGGGAACAGAGUAACGUUUAAGUUUCCAACAGACUGGAUUGUGAACAUAAAUGAAGAGAAGUACAUUGGCAUAACAUCUAUGUAUAUAACACGUGCAUUUAGGAAAGUUGACUUUAUACUUCAAGUCGAGAUAGAAAAUGACGAACAGUCUUUAAGCGCCCAAAACAUUCACAUAUACAAAUACUUUAAAGAUGAUACAACAUUGCAACAAUGUAUGAUUUCAUUUAAUGAGAUGUUCGAGAAAAAAUUCAACAUUGAAGUACAAACUUUACAGCCUUUACGUGAGUUUCUUGCACAACUGAAAGAAGAAGGUAGUUAUGACUUAUUUUUGAAGAACUGA